UUUAUGUUUUUUUGCCUCAGUAAAUUUUAAAGUACCGCACGCUUUGAUAGUUAUUAAUUAUGUAUCGACAUUGUAAUUAGGUCUCAAUUCAAUGCUGUUGAAUGAUCAAUGUUCUCAGUAGCGCCCCCUGCGUCAAAUAUUGAGAAGGGUCCAACUACAGCUCCACCUCCUUAGGCCCCUUAGUUGGCCAAUGGGGGUUGAGCAUGACCUCCCAGUUUUGUGAGCCAAUGGGGUAGCAAUUAAAUGAAGACGGGGGGUGGUUAAAUCCGGUAGUAUCGCGAGACUCAAAAUGCGGAAGUCAAGAAAAAGGAAUUCCAAAGACACAAUUAUUUUAGUUACUCUAACUUCAUACUGAGCUCAGGCAUGUAUUUCAGUAUUUAUAUUUCAAUAGAGUGACAUGUUGGUAUCUAUGGAUGAAACUGCUUUAGCCAUGGAGGAUUUUAAGAUAGAAAAAUAAACGGUGUCAUGUGACCGGUGUGACAUGAGUUGCUGUGGAAACACGAGCCGCUUGGAGUUCCAGUUACUAGUCCAUCUCAACUCAUCCAAACCAUAAUGUACUAACUAAUAUUAAUAUUGGACACUCUUUCCUGUCUCAUAAUGUACCAAGAUAGUACAACGAUGCCUUUUCUACAGAUCAGAUGAGUCCUUUGUCAGGUCUAGAAUUAGAUGAGCCUUAUUCAGUAACAAGUGUCCCAUGAGAGAUGAUGCUGCAGGAUGGCUCAACGCAGAUCCUCUGCCUAACUGCAAACAGUGGCGUUCCUCUGUUCACCAGGGGGGCCUCAAAACAGCUCCCCUUCUCCGUCAUCGGCUCCCUGAACGGAGUCCACAUGUUUGGAGAUGGCCAGGGCGUUGUGUUGUCCAGCUGUCAGACUGACUGUGGCGGUAGAGUUGUAUGGCGCGUCUUCCACAAUAGCGUCAUGCUCAUUGCUGUCAACGGGGGACAACGGUCAACGGGGGUCAUUCAAGGCCAUGUCAAAGGGGAAGAGCUGUUCUUGGAGCGGCUGCUGGAGAACGUGUGGAACUGCAUGGUGCUGGUGCUGGGAAGGGACGAGCUUACCAACACGAGGAAUGUGGAGCGGCUGAAGAAGGACCUCCGCUCCUGCUUCGGCCUCAUCGACCAGCUGCUGGAGGACAGGCACCAGGGCAUCAUGGGAAACCUGACGCACUGCGCCGACUGCCUCCUGCCCCCCAACCCCGCGCUGGUCCAGGAGGCGGUGAACGGCUUCACCCAGUCUGUGGACAGUGAGUUUGGCUGCCUGGUGGUCCACGGCCGCGUGGCGGCGGCUACGGAGAACUGGUGGCGCCUGGCACCGCAGGAAGUGAUCCUGCUCUCCGCUCUGAUGCGCAUGCUCUCUUCCUCUGGCUCGGCCUCAUGCGACUACCCGGUGUUCCUUCCCCAGGGCAGCCCCACGGUGGCCCACCGGCUCCUCCGCUUCCAGCUGCUCCCAGGGGCCGACGUGUGCGUGCUGUGCGGCCCCACCCCGUCCCUGCAAAAGGCCCAGUGCGACCUGGUGAGGCAGUUCUGGUCCCCGUUGGUGGAGACGCUGAGGGAUUGCCUGGCCGUCGGAGAGCGCUGCCUGCCCAGCACCGUGUCCCUCAGCGUCCCCGACGUGCUGGCCCUGCUGGUCCUGAACCGGGAGGCCCGGCGCUCCGUCUCCUGUGUGCGGGCCAGUGCCGACCGCAGCCCCACCCUGCCCUCCAAAGCCCGCUGCUGGGAGCUGCUCAGGCUCUUCUACAUCUUUGCUGCCACGCGCUACUUCAGCCAGGAGGAGGCGCCAGUUCCCGGCGCUCCGGCAGAGGACAAGGCCCACAGGAGAAGCAGCGCUUCUGGGGACUUUGUGGCUGGAUUUCCCCACCAGCCCAUGCAGUGCUAUCUGGUCACAGAGGAGUGCAAGUGCUACGGCCUGCAGACCCAGCAGCAUCAGCUGUUCCUGCUCACCCCGCUCUCGGUGCCCACCUUCGCCCUGAGGAACGUUGCCACGCAGACCCUCUUGGCUGUCACAGCAGACACUGGGUUUUAAAGAAACAUUUCUUACUGAACAUGUUCAAUGUGUUUCAGGUACAGGCUUUGCUUCUGGCUAUCUACUGUUUUUUAAAAGGGGACUCACCAGUCCAUAGUAUUUAUUUGAAAUAUGAAUUUGGUUUAUUGGGAGUUAUGCUGUGUCACUACAUACUGGGGAUCAGUACAGGAUCAACAGUGUCUCAAAUUCAGUUGCCACACCAAAGGGAGGUAACUUGUGAUGUGACUUAGCAGGAAGGGCUAUUUGCAAUAGUUGCUAUCAGUUAGCUUACUCUGUGACAGUGUAAGCUUAGCUUUGUGAUUGAACCUAUGUUUGAAUUAUUCACUGUGAGAGACUUGAGACCAACUGAGAACUAUAACCCGAGGGCAAUGUCUGGCCGUUCUUACUUUUUAUCUAUCCUGUAGUUUCUGUCCCUGUUCAUGUUGCCUUCAACCCUAUGAUUGCUUCAUUAGAAAUAUCUAAUGAUUGUCUAAUACUGGCAUUGAUUAUUCUGUGUAUUCUUGCCAAUUGAUUGAUUGCAUUAACAAUUAUGUGUUGUUUGUGUCUGGAUAUCAAUGUAUAUUCAAACAGAUCAGAUUAUUAAAUGGAAUGAGAUGAAAAUGA